AAUACGCCGAUAACUUUGUUCUAGGGGCCUGAAUAUUUGUACUGGUAUCCUGCAUACAAAGGCCUACUUUGCACGAUUGCAUCAAUGGAGUACCAUGUCACUGAUAACUUGCAAUGAGGUGUGAGAAAGUCAUACUGUUUGUACACCUGCCAUAGUCGGGAAAUUGAAUGGCGUCAGGGAACCCAACUGUGUUUUCACGUAGCUGCAUGUAAAUCAAAGCCUGCUUGGUCCUUUGCAAUUAACGUGCGGUAGUAUAAUACAGGCCGAUCGAGCGUGGUUACCCUUCCGGCUAGUACCGCGGCUGCGAGGAUCUCACUCGCAGGGUACCGGUACAAUGCUCACCACUAAUCUCUUGCUGAGGAGUCUUGCGAAGAGCACUGAGAGCAGAAGGUGGCACAUGCGAACCCAACAAAUUCGUUAUCUCUUCCUGGCCUAUCAGAUUCGUGGCACUGCACUCUUCUUAAUCGCUUGGAUUGCGGAACUGUAUACAGCUGGAAGAAUUUGCUUUCGAGCCAACAACUCUCCGUUUUCAUCUCCCCAACAUUAAAUGAAAAAUUGAAGUAUAAGCUGCUCCAUUAUAUCACCCGUCGCUGCUUUAAUGCGUUACCCUGCAUACACUACAUCAUUGGCGAUAGUCUGCGCAGCUAGCGUCUUACUCCCAUGCAACACUCAACAGUCGUAUAAAUCACUGCAGCAGACGGUAGAAUGUGUCAUUAGCUCACGGUGGAUGAUGAGAGCAGAACCCGGUUAGAGAGGAAGGGAACGACAGUGGUAAUGAUGAUGACGAUGACGAUGCAUUGGUUCUUGUGGCUGUCUGUCAUUGGAAGCCAUCUGCGGCUUGCAUCCUCAGGUCAUUUGGCGUCCCCGCUAGCUGAGGUAAUGCCCUCUGCCAAUUUCACAGACUUUGUCGACGUCACGGCAACAUCAAAAUACAGGGCCAAAAGUAUUCUUUCACAGGCUAAUACAUCAAAUGAAACCUCUGUUCCCUCAACUUUGACGGAAACAAACGUCGAUUUGCUUAAUGAUACGAUUUCUGAAAAUACAACAGUUGGAAUCAGUACUGUGCAACGCACUGUCGCCUAUAUCGGUGAGCGAGAUGAAACUGUAGAUUAUAAAGAAAGUGGCACUUCAGAAAACCACCAAAGAAAUCCAGCAACGCCAUUUCAGUCACCUGCUUUUGAACCUUCAACGUCUUCUUUGCGUUUGCAAGACUCAGCAAAAUCAACGUCAACGGAAGCUUCACUUGUUACAGCAUCAUUUACCAAAACAUCAAUUGAUGAUACAUCGCAGAAACCAACGUCCCAACCAGAGAAAUUACACACACGUGUUGGCACCACAAGUAUUUUUGUUAACAAAAACCUUCAGGAUAUACUUACUCCAAAUUCUCAAUUUUCAAAGCAACGUUUAUACUCAAGUCAACAUACCACGACGGUCACCCUGAAUGUUGAUACCUCAUCUUCAUCUGUGCCUGAUACGACGCCACACCAUCUUGAAGGACUACGUGUAAGUGAAGCCUCGACAAAAACAUCGCUCACUACUUGGAAGGGUAAUCCUUCACCCAAAACUUCUAAAAAUUACGAAUUGGAAACUGCUCUGCCAGUGGCCAAGACGACAAGUUCUGAUUUCUUGACGAGUCUAGCAAAAGCCACAACAAGCACGUCACGCACACAGAAGGUAACGGAAGAGCUCACAACAGCAGAUGACCGUGAUAGUGGAGAUGAGGAAAGUACUCAUGAAGAGACAGCCUAUGAACUUUCAUUAAGAACAAGACGCGUCAUAAACCACGCUGCUUUGUGGAUCACCAUUGGUUUUGUUGUUGUCUUGGUAUCCUACAUCACAGUUCUUGUCAUCUACAACAGAAUGAGACCGGAUUGGCAGGAUUCUCCACAUCCAUAUUCGAGAUUUGAGAACGAACCUGAUGACUUCCAGGACUCGAACGAAAACGACAUGUAUUUUGAAAAUCAAGAUUAACGACGGCUAUGUUGAGAACGGAUCCUCGGGGCGAUCACCUGAAGCUUUUUCAUUUACUUUUUCAUAUACUACUGCUCGCAAGAAGCUAUGGAGAGCCUCAGCAGCAUGAGUGACAACUGCUAAAUUGUAAAUUAAAAAUCACUCCGACUGGCUGAAUGACUGGCAGGCGAGGAGUGGAAUUAAUCGCCAGUAGUUUAGUUUCCCUCUGGCUGCAAAUAGGAAGACGAUGAAGGUCAAUGAUCCGUUAAUAAUUCUAAAAGGUAUCAAUGUAUGUUUCAGUGAAUGCUGAGGUGUUAACUCGCAUGAGUCCUUUGUGAUCUGCUGUUAGGGUGGAAAAUUCAAAUUUAUGAAAAAUAUAUCAAACAUGGACAGAAAAAAUUGAUAGUGGUAAUGAUGACAUAACGGAAUGUCGUUUUCUGUAAAUCCAUGUUAAAUCUUACCUUAAAAAGUAAAGUACUUCACUUACUACAGAAUUGUGAACAUGUACACAUUCAAGUAAAAACAGAGGCAUUGCUACUGAACAGGACACCUAAAUAUUCAAAGUUCCUGUCAUGUACGGAAACUCUUUUUUUUUUAAACUUGCCUCUCCCUAAACUAAGACGUAUGGAUCUGUUAAUGGAGUGGUCUGAGCCCUGAAUUCAGACAGGGUCGUAUAACCCUGCUGCCACAUAUGCCGAAGGUACAGUACUUAGACCUAAUGCGUGGAAUGCGGACGCAUUGGCACAACGCAAUCAUUCUUCUAAAUCACGAGGUGCAUUUUCGUACCUGUCAUCGAUUUGUCCAUUACUCUGCUAUUUGCAACCUUUGACGACCACGGAGGUUGUUUUUUAAGAGCAAUCCUGAGAGUACUACUGUGCGGGAUUCUUGACAGAACGAUAAACCGGUUAUCUAUUGAUAUAUAGACUGAUGUUAUUUAUAUCAAACAUGCAUUCCCCUGCAUGUUAUUCGUUAAUAUAAAGCCAAUGGAGGUUUAGACAGCUUUUAUACUCCAUGAAGCAAACAUUUUACGUGUGCCUUUUUGUACAAAAUAGGGAUAAGCCUAACUGUUAUAGAUAAAUACUUUCAUAUUUUAUCGAAUUAUGCAUCAGAAGAGUAAUAUUUGGAUUUUGUAAAGAAGCAUCUCCUCCAUACGUUUCUAAGUUGUUUUGAAAGUUGUUUACUUAACUUUUGCCAGGAGUUUCAUUGUGUACAUGUAUUGGUAUUUUUUUCAGCUAGACAAAUUUGUUUACUGGCAGAAAUUAUCAAAUUUCCCCGCUCAUAACUCCACACAAGAUCUCCUAGGAAAAAAAUAAACCAUUGACGUUUAUUCAUAUGGAUUCGUACGCGCACGUUCAGUGAUGUCAAACUCGUGGGGAAAACAAUUGUCAUGGGAAAUACAUCAAGAUGACAAUGAAUCUGUAGGCUUCCUCAACGCUAUGGUCCAUUACACCUCUAAAGGUUUUAGGGAAAGUGAAGUACACAAACAACACUGUAGAGUUUCUAAUCUAAUAGAAAUGGCCUGAGAGACUGAAGCCGAAGUAUAAGAAGAUAAAGCGUUAAAUCAAAAAUUAGCGAUGAGAUAUUUUUUUAGAAUUCGACGUUGAUAAUGCGAGGUCGUUGGCCUGUGUGUAAACACUGCAAAUUCCUACUGAAAGACACAAACACCGUGGAUAUGGGAUUUUUUUCAUCUCCAAAUGCAAAAUUGUAUCCGUGUUGUACCAUGCAAUAUGAUAUGCUUUGUAGACGAUCGUUAGCAAGACACGUUGCUCUUUCUGUUAGUGUCAAGCAUUAGAAACACGCGAAGUUGCCACAAGGCAAAUUUAAUUCUUUUAAUUUUACAUGACGCAUUUAUAAAAAAAAAGAAUUGACAAAUAUCUUUUUUUCUAAUAUUAUGAUAAAUAAUAGUAUUAUAACUGAUUCGUUUUAUUCAGUUGCUCUCUUUUCCCCGACAAACAUCACGGAUCCAUUUCUGUAUACAUUUUAAUCGGCUUAAAUAUUGAGAUACAGCUCACAGUGCAUAACAACUUGGAAAGGAAACUUUUUUUUGUAACUUGAUUUGAUGCAGGAACAGCGAGAAAAUGUAUGUAGUUAAAGUUUCAUUGUACAUUAUACGUGUUUUCACGUUUGCUGUAAUUAUUACAUCAACUUUCCCUUUCAAACACGAAACCCCUCUUUUCUAGUUUGAUUUUAAUUUUAGAAAAAUGUUAGAUUGAGUGUCGGUCGGAUGAGAUUUUAACGUUUUAUCUUUGGAAAAAAUCAGUCUCCCCAUACAACGCACCACCGCAAAGAAUUGUCUUUUGUUAAUAACAGACAUUUCAUGCUAAAAACAAGCGGCCAAUUGAAAGCAUCAAACAAUUUGUCACUUUUAUAUGAAUCCUAAAUUUUUGUGCUUGCAAAUGCUCCAAGUCCACGUGGAGGGCAAGUAGCUGUGGGGGCGCAUUGCUUCACAACAAGAGGGGACAUGAUUUCCUUACGAGAAACAAUCGGCCGAUUCUGGCAAGUUCGUGACAUGCUCAUUACAACAACCAGCCGCCGGCUUACUAAGAAACAAACUCCUGUCCUUUGUGGGAUUCAGUGGGCAGAAAAAUGCCUCCUACAGGGCUGUUGCGGUCGGUGCCAUCUGCAAAAUCAAUAUGUCACUUUGGAAAAGAACUCGCUGGGGAAUAGUGAUUCGGUGUCAUUCCUUUUGCAGUUAUUUUGUCUGGAUCAAUAUCCAAUCGAAAGCCGUCUGGUGCAUUGAUUUUGAAAGUUUGGAUAAUAUCAAGUCCCGUAUUAAAGUGACUGUGCAACGGCCAUGUCAUGGUUUGAUCACUGCAGUGACAGUGACAACGAGAACAUGAAUGACAAAAAUGCUUUACUUGCCAACAUAUUCAAAUUUAUUAAUUUUAUCUUCAUGUUAUA